AUGAAGUUCACUACCACCUUUGCUGCUCUCGCUGCUGUCCUUGCCGUUGAUGCCGCCUCGACCAUCGAGAAGCGUCAGUCGUCUCAGUGCUACGCAGCCAGCAAGGACUUGGCCGCCUACGAGCGUCACUUCGUCUACCCUCUCAUGGUCAGCUGCAGGGAUGCCCUCGGCGACUCUGUCGAGGCCAAGGAGAACCCUUGGGUCAACAAGGACUGUGUCGCCGCCGCGGCCGUCGUCGGCCUGCCGACCUUCCGCGAUGCCUUGACCUGCACGUCGAGCAACUCUGUCACGCUCACCGAGCUCUCGACGUGGCCCAGCCUUGACUACAACGUCUACGCGUCCAUCGUCGGCGACUGUGCUUGGGCCGAGGGUGGUUGCCCCAUCACCCUGCAGAACUUCAUCGAUCUCGUCUACUCUGCUAUUUCCGACGAGGACUCCCCCGUCUACCCCGACUCGGCCGCGACCGUCACUGAGAACUACAUCCAGCCGGUCUUCGACUGGACCGCGAAGUCCACUGCGGAGGGCAUCCCGUACACCAACUUCAACGACUUCCUCCACUACUCCGGCAACCUCGACCACGGUUGCGCCAACGGCAUCGGCUGCUCUAACUAA